GUGUCAGAUCUUUGCGAAAAAGCGCCGAGCGAGGAUGAACGCAGUCCUCUCCUUCUGAUUCCCGGAGAAAAGCAGAAGGAGCAAGAAUAAGAAGAAGAAGAGGAGGAGGAGGGAGAGAGGGGGAAAAAAGGAGGAAAAAAGGAGAGACAGAGAGAGAGAGGACGCAGGCUGCAAAAAAAAAAAAAAAACCCCGAAGAGGCGAAGCCGGUGCUGGAAGAUGUGAGGGGGGAUGCGGGUGCUGUGCAGCGGUGGGAUCGGCCGUGAAGCCCAGGCUGCGCAGGGUGUGAGCGGACAGCUCCUGCCGGGAAAACCUCCGUCCCGCUCUCUUCUCCCCGACAAGGUCAGUCCUAAAGCAACCCAAACCCGCCCAGGAUGUGCCGGACUGUGCACAAGCUCUGAGGACUCACUGGCGUUUUUAUUCGCGAUUAUUCUCAAUCUGGAAGUCUGGAAAGCAGGUUAGAUCUGGGUUAAAAGACUAUUUUACCCCCUUUACCCCCCCCCUUUUCAAUUCUAAAUGUCUCCUCUUUUCAUCCUACUGAUGCAGACUAGAUUCCCAGCCCGUGCGUCUUGAAACCCCCCGGGAAUGAAUCGCUCGCGUUGAGAAAAAAUGCUGCUUUGGAUUGUCCUGCUAAAUGCGGCUCUUUGUGUUGCCAGCGGAAACGUUACAAGGGACGUUUGUAAGGAGCAGAUAUGCUCCUGCAACGAGGUGGAGGGCGACCUGCACAUAGACUGCGAGAAACGGAGCUUCACGACUCUGCAGCAGCUCACCGGCCCCAGCUCGCACUUUUACCACCUGCUGUUGCAGGGGAAUUCUCUGUCCAGACUGUUCCCCAACGAGUUCGCCAACUUUUACAACGCGGUGAGCCUGCAUUUGGAGAACAACGGCCUGCACGACAUCGUGCCCGGCGCUUUUCUGGGGCUGCAGCUGGUCAAGAGGCUGCACAUCAAUAACAAUAAGAUCAGAUCGUUCAGGAAGAGCACGUUCCUGGGCCUGGACGAUCUGGAAUAUCUCCAAGCUGACUUUAAUCUAUUGAGGGAUAUCGACCCCGCCGUUUUCAGGGACCUUAAUAAACUUGAAGUGUUGAUACUUAACGAUAACCUCAUCAGCGCGCUGCCUGUAAACGUGUUCCAGCAUGUGCCCAUUACGCACCUCGAUCUGCGGGGGAACCGGAUCAAAACGGUGCCUUACGAGGGGGUUCUUGAGCAGAUCCCGGGCAUUGUGGAGGUUCUCUUGGAGGACAACCCGUGGGACUGUAACUGCGAGCUGUUUUCCCUGAAGGAGUGGCUGGAGAACAUACCGCGCAACGCGCUGAUCGGGCGGGUGGUGUGCGAGGCCCCCACCCGGCUGCAGGGCGGGGACCUGAACGAGACGUCGGAGGCCGACCUGUGUCCGUCCCAGAGCGGCGCCGUGGACACCAGCCUGGUGGCCCCUCCCACCCAGGAGGAGAUCUCCCACCCCACGCCUUACAAGCCCGUCAAGGACCCCAGCAACCGGGCCAAAAACAACUCAAAGUCUCGCGAGAACUGGCAGCUGAAGACGAAGCCCACGCCGUCGGCGGCCACAGGUGCGAGCGGGGACAGGGAGCAGCUGUCCGCGUGCCCGCAGCCGUGCAGCUGCAAGUUGGUGGGCUCCAGACAGGGCCUGGGGGUCAACUGCGAGGGGAAGAAGUUAGACAGCUUAUCCGGCCUCAAACCUAAACCUCUGGAGGCCCACGAGCUGAACAUGAGAGACAACAACAUCCACGCGGUGAAGAGGAACCAGCUGCUGGGUUAUUCUAGCCUGAACCUGCUCGAUCUGGGGGGGAACAACAUCAAGGUGAUCGACAACAGCACCUUCCAGAACCAGAGCGAGCUCAGGUGGCUCUACAUGGAUAAAAACUACCUGGAUACGCUGAUGGCUGAGAUGUUUGUGGGCCUCGUGAAUCUGGAAUACCUCAGUUUGGAAUACAACGACAUCCAGCUGAUAGUGGCGGGCGCCUUCAGCCCCAUGCCCAACCUGAGGGUCCUGUUCCUCAGCAACAACCUGCUCAAGUCUUUGCCCGUGGAUGUUUUCAUGGGGAUUUCUUUGUCCAAAAUCAGCCUGCAUAACAAUUAUUUCACAUAUCUGCCCGUGGCUGGCGUCUUGGACCAGCUCAACUCCAUCAUCCAGAUCGACCUGCACGGGAACCCGUGGGAUUGCUCGUGCAACAUCGUGCCCUUCAAGCAGUGGACGGAAAAAUUGGGGGCCGACGUGAUCGUGAGCGACCUCAAGUGCGAGUCCCCGGAGGAGUUCUGGAAACGGGACUUCCGCUACGUGCGCAACGACCUCAUGUGCCCCAAACUCUACGAACGGAUCCCCCCGACGUCCUUGUCCAGAAACACCACGUACGACCAGGACUCGGGGACGCGCUCCAACUCCUACCUGGAGCCCAACAGGGUCUCCAUCUCGGUGCUCGUCCCCGGGCUGCUGCUGGUGUUCGUCACCUCCGCCUUCACCGUCGUGGGGAUGCUGGUGUUCAUCCUGAGGAAUCGGAAGAGGUCUAAACGGAGGGAGGGGAACUCCUCCGCCUCGGAGAUCAACUCCCUACAGACGGUGUGUGACUCGUCCUACUGGCACAGCGGGCCUUAUCACGCAGACGGGGGUGCGCACCGGGUCUUCGACUGCAGCACGCACAUCUCCACGACGAACGACGCGUAAAAAGCAGGAGACCCACUUGGAUUACAAACAGCCAUGCAGACAGACGCGCAUUUGACUUGAAAAAAAAAAGUGGAAGAAUAUGCCACUUUUUGGGUGCUUUAGGGUGAACACAAACUUAUUUAAGCGAGUCAGUCUGCUGCUGCACAGGCCCCCACUCUGUAAGAUAUGUACAUGCCGAGCCUCCAUCCUUCCUUCAUCCCCCUCCUCCUCCUUCUCCUCCUCCCACUUCCGAGAUUUGCCGCAAUCGGACUACGGAUCUCUCUGAGACAGAAAAAUUAAAGAGAAUAUAUAUAUAUACAGAUAAAAUAAGAGGGGGAGAGGAAAAGGGAGCAGAAGAGAGGCCGCGUGGGGAAUGGUGCACGAACGCAUGAAUGUAAAUGUAAAUACUGGGACUGUUGUAUCAUAAAAAUGCAUGAUGAUAAUUCAAUUCGCAUGGUUUCAACACACACGGGACGGCGAGGAACCAUAACCACCAUAACCAACAUAACCGAGAGGCAAACUCUACCCUUUCAUGUUAUAUCAUUAUGACGACUAUAUAUAGAUAUUAAGAAUUAUAUAUGACUAUUACAAAAGUGCCAUUUCUCUAUUUUUUGUGAACCUGCAGUUAGGAUUUGUAUUUGUUGUUUUCGACUUGUUUGGAGAAACGAAGGGAGGGGGUGGGCUAAAAAAAAAAAAAAAAAAAAAAAAAAGGGAACGGAGUGAUGGAAUUUGGAAAGCUGUCAGUGCAUGUUCUUUUUUCAGUUUCAUUUGAUUGUCGGUAAAUAUUGGGGUUAUUUAUACGAAGAUGGCGCAGGGCAUCUGCGCAGUCAUCAUCUCCUUUAUGAAUGUAAAACUGUGUUCUUUUAAUGGUGUGCCAAUUGUUGACUUUCAGAUAUUCAGACAUGCGGAUGAGCAUGACCAAUCACUCAGAUGCUUCUGCUGCAGAGUUCAUGUAGCUAAAAUACCAGUUCUGUGGUUUUUGUGCGUCAAUGAAUAUAGC